AUGAAUUUCACCCGGGCAGAGUAUCUGAAUGGACAUAUGGCGAUUCAUGCCGGUAGGAAGCCGUUUUCUUGUCCGAAAUGCACAGCAAAUUUCACCACGUCAAGGAAUCUGCAUAGACAUAUGAAGAUUCAUACCGAUGAGAAAUCGUAUCCUUGUUCGGAAAAGGAUGAAAGAAUUUAG